UGAUCGCUGUUGAGCUUUAGGGAUCAGUCAGCAACGAGCCGGGCCCAGGGACAGUGAGGGAAGUCAGAGGGAGAAUGAAUGCUGCUCUAUGAGUAUCGGAAUUAAUUUCUGUGCGCAACUGGAUAAAUCGGUUGGGAUCGUAUGGCACCAAGGAUGAGGACGGUUUACGUUUAUGAUGUCCCUGAAAUGGAUUCACGUUAAAACGGAAUAUAGCCACAUUUGGAUUUGACAUCUGACAAAGCUUUCAUGACAGAUUUUGGAGCCUGAAGGUAACAUCUCCAUCAGUGUGAACCAGGAAGAGUGGUCUUUGAGCAGCCAUGGGCCAGAGAGAUGGGCUUCUGUUCAGUUUGCUGCUGCUGCUGCUACUGAAGGCAGCCUCACACACCCUCCAUGCAGUCAGCUUUCCCGAAGACAACACACCCCUGGACACUGUCGACGCACACUUCUCCCGGCAGUACCCCGUGUUCAGAGGCAGGGCCUCUGGAAACGAGUCACAACACCGCCUCGACUUCCAACUAAUGACCAGAAUACAGGACACACUGUUCAUCGCUGGCAGGGACCAGGUGUACUUAGUGAGUCUGAGGGAAUCCUACAGGAAUGAGAUCAUCCCAUACAGGAAGCUAACGUGGAGAUCAGGCCAGGCGGACCGAGAGAUGUGUGCAGUGAAGGGAAAACACAGAGACGAGUGCCAUAACUUCAUCAAAGUGCUGGUUCCCAGAAACGAUGAUCUUGUGUUCAUCUGCGGCACCAACGGCUUCAACCCUAUGUGCCGAUACUACAGGCUGGACAACCUGGAGUUUGACGGAGAGGAGAUCAGCGGACUGGCUCGAUGCCCGUUUGAUGCCAAGCAGACCAAUGUUGCCCUUUUCGCUGAUGGGAAGCUCUACUCUGCCACGGUGGCUGACUUCCAGGCCAGUGAUGCUGUCAUAUACCGCAGCAUGGGCGACGGAUCCGCCCUCAGGACCAUCAAAUACGACUCCAAGUGGCUGAAGGAACCUCACUUCCUGCACGCAGUGGAUUAUGGGAAUUACGUGUACUUCUUCUACAGAGAGAUUGCAGUGGAACACAAUAGCCUGGGCAAGGCGGUGUAUUCCCGCGUGGCGAGGAUCUGUAAGAACGACGUGGGCGGGUCCCAGCGCGUGUUGGAGAAACACUGGACAUCGUUCGUGAAGGCCAGACUCAACUGCUCCGUCCCAGGAGAAUCCUUCUUCUACUUUGACGUCCUGCAGUCCAUCACCGACAUCAUCGACAUCAACGGAGUCCCGUCCCUAGUGGGCGUGUUCACCACUCAGAUGAACAGUAUCCCAGGCUCCGCGGUGUGCGCCUUCUCCAUGGCAGACAUAGAGAAGGUGUUCCGGGGUCGUUUCAAGGAACAGAAGACCGCUGACUCUGUGUGGACUGCCUUCCCAGAGGACAAACUGCCCAAACCCAGGCCUGGCUGCUGUGCGGGUCACGGCGCCGCUGAGACCCUCAAGAGCUCCAUCGAGUUCCCCGACGACACCCUCAUGUUCAUCAAGUCCCACCCCCUCAUGGACGUGGCCGUUCCCUCCAUGGGUGACGAGCCCUGGUUCACCAAGACACGCGUCAGGUACAGGCUGACCGCUCUGGCUGUGGACAAUGCUGCCGGGCCUCACAGAAACUAUACGGUGGUGUUCAUCGGCUCUGAGGCUGGGGUGGUGCUCAAGGUCCUGGCUAAGACCUCCACCUCCUCCAUCAAUGACAGCCUGCUGCUGGAGGAGAUUGAUGUCUUCAACAAAGCCAAGUGCUUGUCUAACCGUGAGGAUGACAGGCGUGUUCUCUCCCUGCACGUGGACAAAGAAACACACAGUGUGUACGUGGCCUUCUCAAGCUGCGUGAUCCGCAUGCCGCUGAGCCGCUGUGAACGCCACACCUCCUGCCAUAAGUCCUGUGUAGCUUCCAGGGACCCCUACUGUGGCUGGAGGCCCCAGGGAGCGUGUGAGAGGAUUCUGCCUGGAGUCCUGACUGGGUACGAGCAGGAUGUUGACAUUGGUAAUACAGCCCAUCUUGGAGAUUGUCAUGCAUUUUUGGCUACUACGUCAUCGCCAGAUUACAAAUCAUUUGGCGACCCAACCUCUGACAUGGAGUUGUCCUCAACGCCAGUCACUGGCCAGCCCAGUGGGCCCAUAGAUCCCCCUGUUCUCACCCCCACUCAGAGCCCCAGCCCUGGGCCUGAGGCUGGGGCUGGGGCUGAGGCUGCUCCAGAGCUCUACGGCUCUGGCUUUGUGCUGCAGGAUGACCCAGGCACCUCUCAUUCUUUAGAGUCACUCCCAGGGGGCCCAGAGGGCGUGUGGGAGAUCCAGGCAGGAGAGGCCAACCAGAUGGUCCACAUGAACAUCCUCAUCACCUGUGUUUUCGCGGCCUUCCUCCUGGGGGCGCUGCUCGCCGGCCUGGUGGUGUUCUGCUACAGAGACUCCUUCCUACGCAAGCCCAGACACGUCCACAAGGACACCGAGUCUGCCCCGUCCUGCUCCGACUCGACCGGAAGCUUUGCCAAGCUCAAUGGCCUCUUCGACAGCCCCGUGAAGGAGUACCAGCACAACAUAGAUACUCCCAAGCUCUACACCAACCUGCUGACCAACGGCAAGGACCUCAACACGCCCAACGGGGACACUAAGACCAUGAUCCUCCGCAACAGCUGUCAGCCCCCCGAGCUGGCCGCCCUGCCCACGCCCGAGUCCACCCCCGUGCUCCAGCAGAAGGGACUGCAGCCCAUCAAGAACCAGUGGGAGAGGGCUCACGGCAAGGUCAACAGCUCCCGCAAGGAGUCCAACUCGGCCCCCAAGAGUCCUCAGUUCCUCCCCUCCUCCCCGCCGCCCCCUCAUGCCCCCGCCCACCACCCCCACCCCGCUCUGGGCCACUCCCUCAUCCCCAGCGCGGUGGUCCUGCCCAACGCCACGCACGACCAUUGCGGCGGUAGCGGCGGCGGGCACAGCAACGGCGAGGACACGCUGCCGCGCUCCGCCGACAAGAAGCAGAAGAACGUGGAUCUCCAGAGCGCGCCUGCUCAGCCUAAAAGCAGCAGGAAGGAGCAGAAGAAGACCGUGGACGCCAGGAACACCCUCAACGACCUGCUGAAACACCUCAACGACCCUGGCGCCAACGUCCCCUUGAGCUCCAAGGGGAUCCUCCAGGGGGACGGCUCGGGACCCAGGCCCAGGCAGCACCUCAUGCUGGAGCCCAUGGAGGCCCUGAGCGAGGUGCCUCCCAAGGUGCCCAGUCGCGAGGCCUCCCUGUACUCGCCCUCCUCCUCCCUGCCCAGGCACAGCCCCACCAAGAGAGUGGACGUGCCCAUGCCCUCCAGCCCCACGGGCAGCAUGAGCAUGGGGGGCACCCUGGAGAGGCAGAGAGGGGGCUACCACCUCCACCGAAGCUCCUCGCAGAGGCACUCUCUCACCUCGCCUAAUGGGGUGACCAUGGGCGUGUCUCUGUCCCGCCAGCACAGUAUGAACAGAGGGGGCUACAUGCCCCCCACACCCCCUUCCAGACUGGACUCCCAUGGGGGAGCGAUGGGGAUGGGGCUGCACUCGCCCCAUUCGCCCCACUCGCCACACCCCCCCUCAAUGUCCCGGCAGAGCAGUUACAGCGGCCACGGCUCGCUGCCCCGCACCGGGGUCAAACGGACUCCGUCGCUAAAGCCAGACGUCCCCCCCAAACCAAACGGUUUUGUGCCCCAGACUGAGAUGAGGACACAGAUGAGGGUGGUGAACAAGUUUAGCUACUAAAAAGAGCGUCGACAUUUUGCGGCGGGCGGGCGGGUGGGGGGGGGUGUGUGCUCUUUCUAGGACUACAUCCAGAAGAAGACGUCUUGAAAGCUGGCCUUGAGAGGGGUUCUUCAAAGCCUCGUGUUUGCCAGGGGUGGGGGCUGUUCCCGACACAUUCAGACGCACAUUCAUUCAGAGUCAAAAGGGAAAGUGACACGUGGUCCAAGAUGCUAGGAGGGGAAUAUCCAACACCCCGGGUUUCUCCAACUCCCAUCAUCAUGUCAUGCAGGAGGCUGGUCCCCCCCCACACCACCCCCCUCCCCUGGCCUGGAACACAGAAGGAUCCGGUAGUUUUGGGACCAGGGCUUCAUCCGGGUCCAGUGGUUCCUGGGUGUGCGGCGCGAGGUAACCCACCUGUGAUACCAGGUCCCACACCCAAAAAUACUUGAAGAACGGGUCUCGCUCCCGCUGGGCGCUGUCUUCCCACUGAUGUGAACUUCACAGAGGAUCGUUGAGUCUGCGUCCCUCAGACAGCUGCUGUUGAGGAGCUUUCAGUUCGCUGCAGAUGAGUGUCACUGGUCGGUACUGUCUGCCAGGAGCCUGGACAGCAACACAAGUUUCGAGUUGUUUGUAUUUCCAAGUGUGUGUGAGUUAGAUGGAGUGUGACCAGGCGUUUAACCAUCUCUCACGAGCCACACAGACACACGGCCAUGGUAGAGGCCCAAACCUUAGACCUGCUACACUGUCACUUCUUUCAACUCCAGGACUAAUGUCUACAACAUGGCUGUACGCAGGCAGUGUCUGUGCGUGACCUGGAUGUUCUAACAGGCCACUAGCAUAGCAACUUUGUAACUCACUGGGAUUUAGCAACACAUUCGCUGCUAUCGGUUUUAAAUUAAACUCCUUGUAGUUUGUUUGGGCCUUUGAUGCAUAGAUUUCAUACAGGCCAGGAUGUCUCCUUGUGUGUGUGUGUGUGUAUGUGUGUGGUGGUGUGUGUGAAAGAGAGCUAGUGUGUGUGUGUUACUGUGCUGAGGCCCAAACUUCAGCAGUGCACCGUGUUGGUGUUCUGGGCUUGUUGUCACAAAGGCAGCUGGCCUUUCUAGGAGACUAUCUCCUCCGUCCUCAACGGGAAGACGUUGGCUCUGGCGGACACGUCUCCAGAGGCCUAGUUCUCUUUAAAUGUAGCAACGGUUUUAACUCUCUCGCGCAAACUAGUAUAUCGAAAUGUUUUGAAGAUGCUGGUUUUGGUGUUUUUCUUACUCAUGAAUAGGUCCAAUAUUUCUUUUCUGAUGCAACUCAACUGGGUUCCUUUAUGUCGAUGUUGAAAGCAUCCUGUUCUCUAGGCCAGACCCAUAGCGGAGUGUGUCUGAGUAUUCAGCCCUGGAAGUCAAGUUUCUGGAGCUAGUGUUUGACCCCCGUCGUAAGAGUCAGUGUAGGUAACAUCCUCUCUGUAACGGUUCCUGUGCCCCUGGGAGUGGCCAGUGUACAAUCGCAGCAACAUCUACCAAUGUGUCCCAAUGAGUCAUGCUGGUAAUGACAAGAUCCUGUACAUAUUAUAAAUAUAUGAGUAUAAAUAUUUUUAGGCAAGUGAACCUGAAUCUGUGCAUCGUGUGCCUUAUUCAAUGAAUGAUCUAUAUACUGUAAAACUGUAAUAUUAAAAACCGUCAAUUGAAUCCAAAAUCAGUCACACAGUAUACACAUUUUCAAAUUGAAAGAAUUCCCCACAUCCAAACUGCAACGAUCCUGAAUUGUGAGAUUUAGACACAAACAUUCCAAUCGCAGAGUGCAAGCUGAUGAACAGAGGUCCGAAUCUCUUUUACAACCUCAUUCCUUCCUUCUGUGGUCGUGCAGAGCUGUCACACACAGGUGCCAUGCAGUGAAUGUAUUAUCACGACAGAGAGAUGGAGUCAGACUUCACGUUAACUUCCUGACGCUCCUACACCGUGCUCUCUCCAGGCAAACUACGUACAAACCAAUUUGGGCUGUUCGGAACCAAUUUGUUUCCGAUUUGUGGUUUUUUUCCGGGUGGGGCAGUGGUCAUGCAGUAACAAAACAGAGACAGGGAUUGGCUGGCAUGAAGUGGAUGGAAGGGGUUAUUAGGAAACACUCUUUUUCUUAGAACAUGAGGUGUAUGAUGGAGCUUUCAUCUUUGAGGGGACAAGUGGCAGUUGGGAGCCCAAAGCCACAUUUUGUGUUUACAUGAUGAUUGUAUGUUAAGACUCGGCUCUCAGUAACUCUCUUCUGAUGUAACCAGUGUUUGGGCUUUCACUCUCUCACUACACACGCAAAAUGCAAACACACACACACAUACUCCAUUACAGAGACUGGCUGUGCUCAGCUGCCUUGUACAUUGCAAUAUGAACUGAAUCUUUGUGUUGCAAUUUCAAUUAAAGCCUUUAUAUUUCAGUCGAUGCUCUGUGUACGUGCAAAUGAACCAGAAUUGUCUCCAGUUUUGUUUUUAAUACUGUGCAACAUAGCAGAACAGACAGCUUUAUGUUCUCCUGAGUGUUUGAGCUUGUAGAUAUGUUGUAAAGUUGUACUGUGAAUGUGUACAUAAUUAUGUCUUUUGUUUCAGGAUAUUUUCUGUUGAUUUCUUUUUUUUUUAACACAGCAUGUAUAGUUGAAAUAAAAUAUUACUGCACAGAA